AGGGCUCUGGAAACCAAUCAAUGCAAAAUCCAAUAGCAAAUUCUCCAUUCUCACUUGACUUCGCGUCUCAGUGGGGUUUGACAUGGUUGACCACUUCCUUCUUCUUGAAGAGCUAUCUGGGAUUCUGUGGAUUCUCUGAUUUUUCACUCAUUCUACUGGUUCUUUUUCCUUUAAGAGAUGCCUAAGUUCUAGAGUGUCCCAAGGCUCAGUCUUCAGUCCUCUUUUCUCAUAUAUCAGUACACAUCCUAUAGGUAACAUCAACACAUCUCUAGCCUAGAUUGUUCCCCUAUAUGCCAGACUCAUAUAUUCUACUGCUUACUCGAUAUCUUUUGUGGUUCUAACAGACAUCUUAAACUUAACAUAGCUGAAAAGAAGUCCUCCGUCCCAAAUCUGCUUUUAGUUUAUGUGAAACAAGCAAACACAAAUGGCCAUUCUUUGCUUUUCUCUCUCUCUUACUCCCGGAAAAUCCAGAAUUUCCAGAAUCUCACAGCUUCCUAUCAUGUCCUUUUGUAAAACACAUUCUGUCAUCUCUCACUACUGCCACAGGCUCUGACCUAUCUUCCCUGCUACUUUUUGUUCCCUUACAGCUGUUCUUCACAGAGCAGCCAGAAGAAUCUUCCUAAAGCAAUAAUCGGAUCCUGUUUCUCCUUGCUUAACAUUUUAUUAACUUUCUGAAACACUCAGAAUAUAAUCCAGACACUAUUGUAGUCAGCACUUCCCUUUCACUUCAGGGUCUGGAUUCAAUGGUACCCUUUCUCCUCCUUAAACAUGACAGGAAUAUUAUCAUCUUAAAACCAUUGCACUUCCUUUUCUUAGUUUGGAAUGCUUUCAUCUCAAAACUUUGCAUGGUUACCUCUUAAUGAUUCAGAUUGUUAGUCAAUGUCAGCUUGUCAAAGGGGCCUACCACUAUCACGCUAACUGUAAGACCCUACUCCAUGACUCCUCAAAUCAAUGUCUUAUUUUAUUUACCCUCUGACUUAUGAGUAAUGUAACACAAGUGAUCUUAUUUAUUAUUGCAUUUACCUAUUUAAUGUGUGCCUCCACCUGUAGAAUGCAAACUCCUUGAAGACAGGGAUUUUGUCUGUCUCAUUUACUGCUAUGUCUCUGGAGCCUAGAACAGUAGCCUGUUUUGUUGUUGUUGUCAGUACCCGGCAUAGUGACCAACACAUCAUAGUUGCUCAGCAAAUGCAUGUUAAAUAAAUGACUAACUUUCACACAUAGUAUUGAAAUAAUUGUUCUCAUUAUGAUUCGUAUUCAGGAAUACUUUUAACUGACUAAAAGCAGAAGCAAACGGACAAAGACAACAAUAAUAAUAGCUACCAUGCAUGGGUUACUUACUAGGUGACAAGAAUUAUGCAAAAUACUUUUUUGUGAAAACUGCAUUUAACUUCACAACAAACCUAUGAGAUAAAGAGUGUUAUUGCCUAUUAAAAUUUUAUAAAUGAGGAAAGAAGCUUAGAGAAGUUCAGUAGCUUGCCCAAGUUCAUAUAGUUAGUGAAUGCCAAAGUAGGGGCUUGAAUUCAGCCCUGCAUGAAACCAAUGUAACUAUCCUACCCACUCUGCUGUGCCAGCUGUUUCAGGAAUGUAGCCAUUUCAUAGAACUAUAGAAUCCUAUGAUUUGAAGGGACCUGAGAUAGAUCUGAUCAUCACCUACACCCCAGCUGAAUGAUUAUUUAGCCUCUGAGAUUAUAUGUGUGUAUUAUUUCCACCCAUUGGUCUUAGUUUCACCCCUUUCUUUCAGAGACGUGGUUGUGCAUAGUAACUUAUUUCUUUUAACAUAUGUAAGUAUUUUUCAAUCAAGUGUCUGUAAAUGCUGGUGGCAUUUGGCAAUCUCAGUAAACUGUUAUAGUUCAAGAUCAUUCCAGAGACGAGGAGUGAGUAAAUAUUAACAACCCGCUGUGCUUGGUUGGAACUUGAAAGGACUUCAUAACAUCCGUGAGCAAGCUUUUGUCAAUCACAAUGUAGACCAGAUUAGUCUUAAAGUCCAAAGAAGAACCAAAGUUCACUUGAGUGUAGAAGUUUCUGCACAGUUCUCUUGGUUAUUGUUUGCAAGUUUAAGGAAAAGAAAAUGAUGAAGGAGAAAGAGAAGACCAUUGCUAUUGUGAAGGUUAUAGACACUUCAAAGUUAAAACUGUUAUCUGGAAGUAUUUUGGAUGUGUAUAGUGGUGAACAAGGAAUUUCACCAGUUAACAUGGGGCUUACAAGUGCUUCCUGUCCAAGUAGUCUACCAAUGAAAAGAGAAAUUACAGAAACUGACACUAGAGCUUUAACAAAAGAGAGACAAAAAAAGGACAACCACAACCUCAUUGAAAGAAGAAGAAGGUAUAAUAUUAAUUACCGAAUCAAGGAGCUUGGCACUCUUAUUCCAAAGUCUAAUGAUCCUGAUAUGCGCUGGAACAAAGGAACCAUUCUAAAAGCAUCAGUGGAGUACAUCAAGUGGCUACAAAAAGAACAACAGAGAGCCCGAGAAUUAGAACACAGACAGAAGAAAUUAGAGCAGGCUAACAGGCGACUUCUACUUCGGAUUCAGGAACUAGAAAUUCAGGCUCGUACUCAUGGUCUGCCAACCCUGGCUUCACUUGGCACAGUUGAUUUAGGUGCUCAUGUCACCAAACAGCAGAGCCAUCCUGAGCAGAAUUCAGUAGACUAUUGCCAACAACUGACUGUAUCUCAGGGACGAAGCCUCGAGCUCUGUGAUCAAGCUAUAGCCUUUUCUGAUCCUUUGUCAUACUUCACAGAUUUAUCAUUUAGUGCUGCAUUGAAAGAGGAACAAAGAUUGGAUGGCAUGCUAUUGGACGACACAAUCUCUCCAUUUGGAACAGAUCCUCUGCUAUCUGCCACUUCCCCUGCAGUUUCCAAAGAGAGCAGUAGGAGAAGUAGCUUAAGCUCAGAUGAUGGUGAUGAAUUGUAAGAAAUAAACAGACUCAAUUAUCAACUGGAAAGCAAUUCUACUCUGGUGCUAUGCAAUUAUGCUCUGUGUUUCAUAUGUUGCUUUGGCUUGUUUGUUUGUAUUUUUUUCCAAAAGGAAUGUGUUGUUCAUGAAAAACUGAUAGCAACAGAAGAAUUCACAGGAAGAAAAAUCAUGGUGUUAAUGAAUUAUUGAGAGCGAAAAAGAGGUGUUUUCUUCUUUGACUACAGAGUCCAAAUACACUUAAAUUCUGUUUUCUUGGAAAGACGUACAGCAUAAGAAGCAGCUCUUUACUGAUGUUUUAAAAGCAGCAACUUGGUGGUGUGCUACUGGAACUAAUGACUGCAAAGCGUAAAACGACUGAAAUAUAUAAAUCUUCUCUUAGUUAUUCACUUCCAUCUUCUCUUCAACUCUUACAGCAGACUUCAAGAAUCAAGAUCAACAUAUCAGGUGGUCAUUGCCUCUUUCCAUUGUCUAGUGGACAUGUCUAAAGUUCAAGCUUUGUAGGAGAAAUAAUUAUAUAAUAGAUUAUCUUUCACUUGUGGUUGACAAGCAAAUCUAUAGUAAAUAUGAGAAUUUUCCACAAUAAAAUACAGAUAACUUAUAAAAACAUUGGUUACUAAAAUUAGAUCCUAAUUUCUUCAGUUGGUUCAGUUACACUAAUUCUAAAAGCAUCUAUGCAUAUUUAUGUCUCCAGGCUCUGUUGGGAAAAGAAACACAUUGAAUAUUUUCCUCAGGAGUAUGGACCAGAAUUGUAUCCCCUCACACAAACAUACAUCCACACGUAUGCACAUAAUUCAGGUAUAUGUUCUUCUAUUUUCUUCAUUCUUCCGACUGCAUUAAAAUCACAUUCUAAAUUUUAUUUUCUUCAUUAAGAAAAUAUAUCAGAUCAUCAAUUUCAGUCAAUAAAAUAUAAAAAGUCCCCUACAAGGACAGUUUUCAGAUGUUUAAAACUUUUCAUCAUGUCCAAUAUUGGAUAGAAAUCAAUUAGUUGUUGAUUCUGUUUUGUUCCAGAUGGAUAAAAUAUUGAAAAUUGAAUUGCCAAUUGACAAAAUAAUGAGUAAAACAGAAACUAUUUCUUAUUAUUUUCAGUUCUGAGAGGAGCGUAAGGUUCUAUUUCUUUUUUUUUUUUCUAUUUCUAGUAGUACUUAGAGAGGCCUAUGAUCUUUGAUUACACUGUUAGCAUUUAUUAUAAGCAUUUAUAUAUGUGAUGCCUCACUCAGAUUUUUAUCUCUUGUGCUUGUUUUAGGUUAGGGAAUUAAGUUACCAAGCACAUUGCUCUGUGCUGGACCUCCAUGAGUGAUCAUCCGAUAGAUGAGUAUUUAUGGAAGCAUACUCAGAACUGCAGUGGGUCCUGAGAAAAUGCAGAAGGGAUGAACAAGAUAUGGUGUUACUCCUAAAGUAGCUAACAAGAAUGCAUGAAAAACAAAAGAUAGAAGACAUAGAAUAAAAAAGUCUAAGCAUAAGUUGUAAAUACAGAAGGUCAAAGAAAAUGAAAAUGAAUGACAAAGUUUGUGGGAACAGCAGAAUUUGACUUCUCUUUAAAGGCAUUAAUUGAGUGAAUGUGAGAGCAAAUAAAGGAAUAAUAUCAACCAAAUGAUGAAAGUGAGAAUAACUGGGGGAGUGUCUUUAUGGGACAUUCUCUGGAAAUAUCUGGAUACCCUAGAAGAUGCCCGUUGGGGAGUUCUGAAACAUAAGAUUGACAACAGGUUGUGAAGGCCCUUAAAAAUUAGGGUGAAAUAAUAUAGUAUUAAUAUAAUAGAAACACUUUUUUUUUAGUAGGAGGGAGGACCCUAAAAAUUAAAAUAUAGAUUAGUAACUUGAGUGAGAUGUAAUCUUUCAUGAAGUUAAAGCUUUGGGAUAGAUUUUGAAAGGAUCUUUUAGUUAUUUCUCACAUGGAAAAUAUAUCAGUAUAAGAGUUGAGACCCUAAAGCUCAUAAAAGUAGAGAAAUAGUAAAUUAUUAUGGCAUAAUAAUUAUCUCAGGCUUAGCUUACUUGCUCAGAUUUAGAAAAGUUAAAAUAAUUUUUAUUGUUUGGCAUGGAAAAAUAAUUACUAACUUCUGGGUACAGCCAUUAAAGCCUGAUAGAUAAAUUCAUCUGAAAUAUGUCAUGUGAAACAGCUAUUAGAUAUAUAUUCUCAAUAAUUUUCAAGAAUGCAUUACAUAUUUUUAAUUUUAUAACAAAAUUCCACUUUAUUAUCUGUGUUGAUAAUUUGAUUUACAUUAAAAAUUAUAGAGAAGUAAUAUAUUUGGAAUUCAUGGAAAACAUGUCAGUUUAUAAGAUAGAGACUGCUUCUGUUCUCAUUUUAUCUAUUAUUCUCAUUUCUUUAUAUUUUGAACAGACUUGCACUGAUGAUGUCAUUACUCAGUCACCAUUUUCCAUUCUGUUAAAGUACAACAACUGGGCCCUGAAACCUAUCCUUCACAAUCUUAGCUGAUAUAAGGACUUGGCACAGGAUGAUAGAGCCUAAACACAAGAGAUCUGGAGAGGGAACUAAUAUUUGCCGCUACAUUCAGAUUAUGAGAUGUCAGAAAACUGUAAAAUGGGUAAUGCAUUUUUAAAGAGAGUAAAAAGUUGUGCUAUGUCCCAGUCAACUGAAAUAGAUUAAACAUUAAUUAGAUGAUAGUUCUUAACUUUUUAAGGCAGAUUCCCUUGAGAAUCUAGUGAGUUAUAGACCCUCUCCCUAGAAAAGUAUAGAACUGUUUAUAUGGACAAUAAUUUGCAUGCAUUCAGAGAUCUUAGGGAUCUCCUGAAUGUUUUCUUGGAUCCCAAGUGAAAAAUUCCUGAAUCAGGUCUGUUAGGUGUGCAGUUAAUGUCAUGUAUAAUGAUGGGGUCCCCUACUUAUCUAAAUAUAGUUAUCCCAUUCCUAAUAAUGAUGAGGUUGCAUAGGGAAGUAAAUGUGUACCAAAAAUUAGAUGAUUCACUAAAAAGUUGUUCAUUUAUAUAGUCAUUUUUCAAACAUGACCUGCCCAUGCAACAAACUAUGCCUCAUCUUUAUUAUAUAGUUAUGGGUCAGUUUCACUAUAAUUAUUGAAUAAUAUAAACAUCUGACCAUAACAUUUGAAAUGAUGCAAAUAAAUUUCAAAACAAAAAUAAUGUGAAUUUAAAAGCAAAUUAUUUGAGUAUAUAAGAAUCAAGAUAGCUCCUUAGAAAAAUUUAUGACUGUCUAGAAUAUGUUUUGCAGAAAUGAGGUUUUUCGUAAUAGUAAAAGAGGCAAAUUUUUUGUCAAAUAAUGCUAUCACAAAAAGCAUCAACUGUAAUGGCACUGUUAAUACACAAUUAUCGAUUUGUUCAUUCAAUUAAUAUACAAUUAUCCAUUUUCAUUUAAAGAAUUAAUUCAUAAUUACAAUUAUAAAAAAAAAACUUCCUUUACAGUAAGAUAAAAUAAUAGUAUUGCUUUUCAUUAUUUUUUCAAAAUAAUGUCCCAUCCAGUCAUUUUCUGUAUUAUUAAAUGUUGGCUGCUUUUUCAUAGAUUCACAUUGAAUAGCCUUUUCCAACUUCCAAUUAUCUUAAAAUAAUAAUGACCUCCUGUGAGGAGAUAUAGCUCUUUACAACUUUUUUUCUUUUAGUGCCUUUUCUUCUUGAACUUUUCCUAUAUCAAAUGGAGACUAUAUGUACAGAUAAUAUUUUCUCAGUUUAUAGGCAUAUCAGUGACCAUAGCUUUCUUUGUAUAGGUUUAAAAAAAGUUCUAAAUAAUAAAUAGUCAGAUGAGCUGGGGACAUUGAGAAAUAGCCUUUCUCUUCCUUUUUCAACUCAUUUUUCCCCACCUACAUGACUGUAAAUCAAAUAUUUAAUAGUUCUUACUUUAAAAAAAAUAGAUACAAAGAAUGUCCUGAUUUGGUAUGCUCAUUUACCAUAAUGUCAAGAGAAAAGUUAGAUUUCAUAACUUUAAAAAGAAUAUAUUUUUAUUUUGUUUUGAAAGACUGAGUCAUACAGGAAUUUUCUUAUACUUCAAAGUAUCAUGAAAACACCUUUUUCCUGUUUGGAUGUUGUGGAAUUUAAACAUUUAAAUAAAUAAAUGGCAUAACUGAGUGUUCCAUGGUUUNCAAUGUCUUUGACCCUAUACAAACAUUUUAGGUAUUUACUGACCAUCUGAUAUGUAAGAUGUGGAAGAAAAUUGGAAUCAAUUAAUUAUUUCACUGUUUUAUCAGUGCAAGAUCAACCAUCUGGGUUUCUUAAAAACACCUGAAGGACUGGAUUUUGUUUCAGUAUUGAGAAUGGCAUAGUCUCUAUGUGCUAUAUGGAAUUACAACAUUUGCGCCUCCAGUGCCCCAUAUGUGGAUAAGUAUGUCAGUUUGACUUAAUAUUUGUAUAUACAGAGAUUUCAUUACAUUUACCUAAUAAAUACUAAAUACACUUCAAGUGUUUCUGAUCUUAUAUUUUAUAUGUCCCUCCUAUAGUUAUUAUUUGUAUGAAUUUUAAUUGGAAACAAGGAAACAAUUCAAAAUCAGAAAAACAUAGCUUUUCUUAAAAUUUCUGUGCUACAUUUUCCCUCUGAGGUCCAUAGAGAAUUUGAGUGUAUAGGAGAUUAUGAGAAAACAGCUAUUUUGAUUAAAAAAUAUAUCCCUCAAGAUUCAACCAACUUAAUGAUGAAAUACUAUUAUCUACUGCUUUAUACAUAAAAGGAAACUUUUUAUCUGCUUGUAAAGGGAUUUUUAUGUGUAUUUCUGCAUAAUCAGAUGAUUUCUAUUGUGUUUUCUACAGAUGAAAUUCUCCGUAAAAUGUAUUUUCCUUACAUUAUCCAGCAGGCAUAAAGAAUAACAGUAAAAACUUUUGUGUUUGUAAUACUACUUCUUUUAUCCCUGCACUACUGUUUUAUUUCAAAGAUUCUAUAUUUUCAAUUUUAUUUUUUCCACAGAAAUAAAUUUGGUUUUGUGUUAAAGCUGGUAGUUUAUGUAACAAACGAAAUAUACAAAAGAAAGAAGGAACUGAUUUUGCUGAAUUAUAUAUAAUUAGGAAGUUACAUAUUGUUCUUUAAAUAUGAUACUGAAGUUUAAAAGCAAACUAAAUUCAAGAAUCUUAUCUAACAGCAUAGCCGUUGCUUAUGGCAUACAAGGCUAAAAUUAAUUCAGCUAUUUAAUCUUAAUAAUUAUAAUGUAGUUAAAUAUCUUUGACUUUAAUAGUGUUUUACAUAUGUGAAUAGCUGAAGUAACAUUCCCAUAAUUUUAAUCUAACAUUGGUUAGAUCAAGACAACAUUGUUAAUAUAACAAUACUGUAGAAUUUGUAAUUAUUGGUAUUUUUCAUUUUUAAUAACUAAUGUGUCUUAUUUUCUAAGAAAAUGGAGAACUUUGGUAUACUUUAAUACAUAAGUGAAUCUUGUAAAAAUACCUUAAAAUGUACCAAUAUUUUCUUUGCAUAUAUUAAAUGAAAGACUAUAAUUAUAAA